AUGAGGAUCAAGUGUGAUCCUCGGAUGGGCAAGUACAUGGGCUGUUGUGUGCUGUACCGAGGAGAUGUGGUGCCCACGGACACGAACGCGGCGAUUGCCGCCAUCAAAAACCAACCGACAGAUCAUUGGUUUGUCGAUUGGUGUCCUACCGGAUUCAAGGUUGGCAUCAACCAUCAGCCUCCCUCGGUGUUGCCGGGAAGUGAAGUGGUGCAGCCGAAGCGUGCCGUCUGUAUGCUCUCGAACUCGACGGCCAUUUCGACGGCUUGGAAAAGGCUAAGCAACAAAUUUGACCGGUUGUACGGAAAAUAUGCCUUCCCACACUGGUACAUCCGUGAGGGCAUGGAUCGGGGUGAUUUUUCGGAGGCUCGCGGGGAUCUAGUCUGUCUCGAAACAGAUUAUGAAGAGGUGGCCGGCGAUACGGUGGAAAAUAUAGAAGAGGAAUUUUAA